CAUAAUUAUAAAAUUCGUGCCAGGCUCCUCCGCCUUCCUCCGUGCUCCCUCUCGCAUCCUUGCGAAAAUUCCCCCCCAAUCUCCCCUCCUCCGCCGCUCGCUUCCACCGUCGACGUCUCUCUCUCGCCGACGAUGCAAGGGCUCCAGCGCCGCCGCUGCUCGAACGACGCCGUGGGGCUCGAGCUGUCGACGGCCACGGCCACGGCCACGGCGGCCACCACGUCCUCCUCGGCGGCCUCCACGGCGUCCCUGUCCAUCGACGAGGCGGAGCCCGCGGAGGCCCGGAUCCAGCGGCUGAUAUCGGAGCACCCGGUGAUCAUCUUCAGCCGGUCGUCCUGCUGCAUGUGCCACGUGAUGAAGAAGCUGCUCGGCACCCUGGGCGUCCACCCCACCGUCAUCGAGCUCGACGACGACGAGAUCCGCUCCCUCGGCGACGGCGCCUCCACCCCCUCCGCCUUCAUCGGCGGCUCCGUCGGCGGCCUCGACUCCCUCUUCGCCCUCCACCUCUCCGGCCGCCUCAUCCCCAUGCUCGUCGCCGUCGGCGCCCUCUACAACCACCCCAUCCCCUCCUGAAACCCCCCGGCGGCCGUCCCCGCCCCGCCCAUCAAGUAGCCUAUUUUUAAGCUCCCUAAGCAUGUCACCGCCACCACCAGCAUCACCACCACUACCACCGCCACCGCCACCGCCACCCUCUUCGAUUUCCAUCUCUUCUUCUUGUACUGUAAUUGCACAAAAGAAAAAAUAAAAAAAAA